UGUCAACCAACUUCAACUCUUCUACUUGCAGAUAUUUUUCUUGGUUCAAAUCAAAAUUGCUAAACAAGACUUCAGAGUUGACUCCUCGUGGCCAAUUAUCUCCAGGGCCGCUUAAUUAAUAUAUACCAACUUCAACUCUUCUAAAUGAAUGUUCUGUUACAGAGAAAUUUUGUCACCGGAGAGUUGCAUCACAACUUGUCGUCCAUCAGUCGUCACCAAUGGAUGAAAUAAGGAUCAAAUUCAAAGCCUGUCUGCUGCUGGUUGUGCUCAUUCAAAUUUCGUCUGCAGCUGCACAGCAGGCACCAACAGACCCUAACGAUGCUGCUGCUCUAAAUUCAUUCAAGUUAAUGUGGAAAAACAGACCUCCCAAUUGGGAAAAUUCAGACCCUUGCGUUGGUGGUUGGGUAGGAGUUACUUGCAACAACUCACAGGUGAUAUCCAUAAAAUUGUCAAGCAUGGGACUCGAGGGUCAAUUGUCUGGAGACAUCGGUGCUCUAACUGAGUUACAGACAUUGGAUCUGUCUUACAACCGGGGUUUGAAUGGUCCCCUGCCGGCCGAAGCAAUUGGGAGCUUGAAAAAGCUUUCAAACCUGAUCCUGGUUGGGUGUAGUUUCUCUGGACGAAUACCAAGCACAAUCGGAGAUCUGGAAGAGCUAGUCUUUUUAUCUCUAAAUUCUAACAGCUUCACUGGUGAAAUACCUCCUUCCAUUGGUAAAUUAUCUAAACUUUAUUGGCUGGACAUAGCUGACAACAAACUUAGUGGAACGAUUCCAGUCUCCAGUAGCAGCACGCCUGGCCUAGAUAUGCUACUUCAUGCCAAACACUUUCAUUUCGGAAAGAAUCAGCUAUCCGGCACCAUCCCUCCUCAACUUUUCAGCUCAAAUAUGUCUCUCAUACAUUUGCUUUUUGAUAAUAAUCGACUCAGUGGAAGCAUCCCUUCAACACUUGGACUCCUGGAGAAGUUGGAGGUUUUGCGCCUUGAUAGGAAUUUGUUAAGCGGAUCUGUUCCUUCUGACCUCAACAACCUUAAAAACAUCGGUGACCUGCAUUUGUCCAAUAAUCUACUCAAGGGUCCAAUGCCUAACCUAACUGGCGUGGACUCAAUUACUUAUUUGGACUUGAGCAAUAAUAGUUUCACUACAUCAGAUAUUCCUCAGUGGAUUUUAACAUUACAAAGCUUGACAACACUAGUGAUGGAGAAUACCCAACUGGAAGGACCCUUGCCCCAAGCCCUAUUUGGCAUUCCUCAGCUACAGACAUUGAACAUGAAGAAUAAUCAUAUCAAUGGGACCUUAGAACUUAAUAGCUAUAGUGGGCAUCUUCGACUCAUUGAUUUGGAAAUAAAUUUCAUUGAAAAUAUUAAGGGAGACAACGGAUAUCAUAAUCAGUUAAUAUUAAAGGAUAAUCCCAUCUGUCAUGAAUCAGUAUAUGACCAACCCCCAGCACCAUACUGCACCCCACAAAGAUACACAUCUUCAUACUCUACAAAAGCAGAAAACUGUACUGCUGUUUCAUGUCUCUCAGAUCAGAAGUUGAGCCCCACCUGUAAAUGCUCAUACCCAUACAAGGGCAUCCUAUAUUUCAGAUCUCCAUCCUUCUCUGACUUGUUUAACACAUCCUAUUAUGGCUCUCUGGAAAACAAACUUAAGGAAACAUUUCAAAAUUGUGCCCUUCCAGUUGACUCAGUUUCUCUGAGUAGCCCUAGAAAGGACUCAGAUAACUACCUCGACUUGGAUCUGGAAGUCUUUCCUUAUGGAGCUGAACGUUUCAAUCAAUCAGGUGUUCUAAAUAUUGGAUUUGUCCUGAGCAAUCAAACCUUUAAGCCCCCACAGAUUUUUGGGCCAUUCUUUUUUAUGGGUUCACCUUAUGAAUUCUUUCUAGAAUCAUCCUCCAGUUCCAAGAAUUCAGUGAGCCUUGGAGUUGUAAUUGGGGCAGCAGUUGGAGGACUUGUUCUCCUACUGGCACUACUGUUUGCAGGAUAUCUUGCCUUUUAUCAAAAGAAAAGAGCUGAUAGAGUAAUUGAACAAAACAAUAAGUCAUUCUCUUCUUGGGACCACAAUAGUAGUGGCAACAUUCCUCAGCUUAAAGGAGCAAGAUGGUUCUCAUUUGAGGAACUCAAUAAAUGCACAAACAAUUUCUCUGAGGCAAAUGCCAUUGGAUCAGGGGGUUAUGGCAAGGUUUACAGAGGAAUACUUUCCAGUGGCCAGUUAGUUGCAAUUAAAAGGGCUCAACAGGGAUCCAUGCAGGGUGGUGUUGAAUUCAAAACUGAGAUCGAGCUACUAUCUCGCGUUCAUCACAGGAACCUUGUCGGUCUUGUAGGAUUUUGUUUUCAACAACGUGAACAAAUGUUGGUCUAUGAAUAUAUUCCAAAUGGCACCCUCAAGGAAAGCCUUUCAGGAAAAUCAGGUGUUCGGUUGGACUGGGCAAGGAGACUCAGAGUAGCCUUGGGUUCAGCCAGAGGGCUAGCUUAUCUGCAUGAACAUGCCAACCCUUCCAUAAUUCACAGGGAUAUUAAAUCAACCAACAUUCUCCUGGAUGAUCGAUUAAAUGCAAAGGUUGCUGAUUUUGGUCUAUCCAAGCUCAUGGGUGACACAGAAAAAGACCAUAUCACCACUCAAGUCAAGGGGACAAUGGGAUAUUUGGACCCAGAAUAUUAUAUGUCUCAGAUGUUGACAGAGAAGAGUGAUGUCUACAGUUUUGGGGUGCUGUUGUUAGAGCUGAUAACUGCAAAAAAACCAUUAGAGCGGGGGAAGCAUAUUGUGAGAGAGGUAAGAAUAAGUAUUGAUAAAACAAAGGAUCUAUAUGGCCUUCAUCAGCUUCUUGACCCAGCCAUUGGGUUAGGGACCAGCCUCAAAGGAUUUGAGAAAUAUGUUGAUCUGGCAAUGAGUUGCACUGAAGAAACAGGAGCUGAUCGCCCAAUAAUGAGUGAAGUAGUGAAAGAGAUUGAGAACAUCAUGCAGUUCGCUGGUCUAAAUCCAAAUGCUGAUUCUGCAUCCACAUCAGGAAGCCAUAGUGGAGGGCAUUCCAAACAUCCUUACAACAACGAGUCAUUUGAUUUUAGUGGCACAUGCCCACCUCACAAGGUGGAGCCACAAUGAGUGAAAAGUAUUUUUUUCAAACUCUGGUCAUUGUGAGCAUUUGUUCUCUCUCAACUCUGGCAGUUAAUUUGGGGGUGAGGGACUGGGUUUAUUAUUGGAUUUGGAGCUUUGCAAGUCAUGAUGCUUUUGCUUUCCUCUUUGAUCAAAUUAAUAUUCAAAACUCUUAUUGUUAUU